AUGAAUUUAAGGAUGAUCUGGACUUUUUUGUCGGAUAGAAGGUUUGUUAACUACACGAUACGUACAACAGACACAACCGCCCAUUCAGGAAGACGGGCGUGUGCAGAAAAGUAUGCCGACAAUGAAUACUUUGCCGCCAAAAUCAAUGACAAAGAUGUUUCAGAUGUCUUUAAUUGGUUGAUUCCUGGAUCAUUUGGUGCAGGUGGAAGCUUAGAAUUUUACAUCACAACGCCAGAUGGUGGCGCUUGGGAUGGGUUCGAAAUCAACUUAUUGGAUACUACAGAUGUUAAUUACAACGUGUAUGGGGGAGCCUCUGAGACCGUUAUGCUACAUAUGAUGGUUGUGAGACAGCAUAACGAGCUCGUUUUCAAAACAUGGGUAGGUGGCUGGACCAACAUAUUAAGCAUGGCAAUUCCGUUUUCUGAAGGAAGUGUUACUAAGUUUACUAUAGUACCAUAUGCAGACGUCUUGCAAGUAUUGAUUGACGAUGAACACUUAGUCCAGUACCCACACACUGUCGAUCCUACCACUGCAAAAUUGAUCAACAUCGAUCCUUUUUCAAACACCUUAAUUAAGCUUCACAAUAUAACCUUAAUAGGUAUAUAGACCACGAUCGACUUAUUAAAAUUUAUCAAAGCUA